UCUUUUAGUGGUUUUCUCUCAGACCGUGUAAAAAGAAACGAAGGAAGGAUGAAGAAGAUCCCGGUGCUUCUGAUGGGCUGUGGAGGCGUUGGUCGCCACCUUCUUCAACACAUCGUCUCUUGCCGAUCGCUUCACGCCGGCAUGGGAGUUCAUUUACGGGUGGUUGGAGUAUGUGAUAGUAAAUCCUUAGUUGCUUCAGUAGAUGUGCUCAAAGAAGAACUGAAUGAUGAACUCUUGUCAGAAGUUUGCCAUAUCAAAUCAACUGGUUCUCCAUUAUCUAACUUGGGAGCUUCAGGUGGAUGUCAGGUGUUCAAUGGAUCCGAGGCAAAAAGGGAAACAGAAGAAAUUGCAAAACUUCUGGGUAAAUCUACAGGUUUAGCUGUUUUGGAUUGCUCAGCCAGCUUGGAAACGGUUGAAAUAUUGAUCAAGGCAGUUGACUUGGGUUGCUGCGUUGUCCUGGCAAAUAAGAAGCCUCUUACUUCUACACUGGAACAUUAUGAUAAAUUGGCUUUGCAUCCGCGAUUCAUCCGCCACGAAUCUACUGUUGGUGCUGGUCUUCCUGUCAUUGCAUCCUUGAGCCGCAUAAUUUCUUCUGGAGACCCUGUUCAUAGAAUUGUCGGUAGUUUGAGCGGUACCUUGGGAUAUGUAAUGAGUGAGCUUGAAGAUGGCAAGCCUCUAAGCCAAGUUGUUCGAGCUGCCAAAACGCUGGGAUACACUGAACCAGAUCCACGUGACGACCUCAGUGGCAUGGAUGUUGCUAGAAAGGGUUUGAUUCUUGCUCGACUUCUUGGGAAGAGGAUAAUUAUGGAUAGCAUAAAGAUAGAGAGCUUGUAUCACGAAGAUAUGGGACCUGAACUCAUGUCUGUGGAUGAUUUUCUCCAUAAUGGAAUAGCAAAACUUGAUCAGAAUAUUGAGGAGAGAGUUAAAAGAGCUUCAUCAAACGGGUGUGUGCUUCGUUAUGUCUGUGUGAUUGAGGGUUCAAGCGUUCAAGUUGGCAUUCGAGAAGUUCCAAAAGAUUCACCAUUGGGACGGUUAAGAGGCAGUGAUAAUAUAGUAGAGAUAUAUAGCCGUUGCUACAAGGAGCAGCCUUUGGUGAUUCAAGGUGCUGGAGCUGGGAACGACACGACUGCAGCCGGUGUUCUUGCAGACAUCAUCGACAUGCAGGAUCUUUUCCCUUGAGAUGUUCUAGUUUUUGUUUUUAUCAAACUAAUAAUAAGGUCCUCAUAAUCAUAUUGACCUCUUCUUCUUCAAUCUGGUAAAACGCAAAAAAAAAUCAUUAUAGAA